UCGAGAAUUUACAUUGCAGUUGUUUAAUUUUCAAUUACUGGUUCUGUUUCACUUCGCAUCAAGUCCAUAAAAGAUCAAUAGAAAACUACGACAAGAUAAAAAUGAAAAUUUUCUGUGUUUUAACAACAUUUUUCUUGGUAUUAGUUUUGGCAGAUAUAAAAAGUGACAUUUUAGGGAUAUGUAUAAAAAUGGUUUCUAAAUCAAACAUAAAAAUCGAGAAAGCUUCUAACUAUAACAAUGAAAAUGGAAAUGGAUUGGAGUAUGCAAUUACACGAAUUGUCUAUGGAGGGUGGUAUUCAAUAGAUGAAUUGAAUUGCAUGAUCACUGUACCGGAAUAUGUAGAUACUGACAGUAUAAAAACAAUACAAAAUUCUAUAAGAAUGCAGAAAAAUUUGCAAAAAGACAUAGAUUUUAUACUUGGUGUUUCUUUUUUUGAUGCUGAAAACAAAAAAGUUGGAAAGAUGGUCAAACUUAUAGAAGAGAGAAGAUUUCGUACCACACAACAAUUAAAAACUAGUAUUUUCCAUGCAAGUACGAAGAUUCAACGUUUGGAACCACUUGGAGAAGCGAGAAGACGUUUUGUUGAGAAAGCUUUAAAAAAUAUAAUUGCUCGAAAAUUAGCUGAAAAUGAAGCUAUGGAUAAAAUGAUAUGUUAUUUGAUAGCAUUGUGGAUUAGUACAAAAACUGUAUUGAAAACACCUGCAGAAUAUAAACGUGGUGAUUGUAUCAUAGAAUAUAAAACUGAUCAUAAUAUACAAUACAGAUCCAUUCAGGACAAAAUUUGGCAAGUGGACGUUAAUGAUAAUGAUAUACAAAUUAAAGAGCUAACUGUACAACUACAGGAGGAAUAUUUUAGAGUAUAACAAUUUUGAACAGUAAUUAAAUGUACUUUUGUUCUAAAAUUA